AAAGUCAGAACCCUGAUUAAUAAAUAGAACCUCUCUUUGCCUCUCCUCCCUUCACCACUGUUUUUAGUAUGUGCUCUCCGUGCAGCCACACAGCAUCCCUGACACACACACACACACAUGGACGGGAUCAGAGAGAGAGAGGGGGAAAGAGAGAGAAGCACAGAGCCCUGAUAAUGUGGUAGGAGAUUCAUAGAGCAAGGAGGAUGCACACCAUCAACAGUCCAGGCAGGAUAACGCAAACUGGGGUUCAGUCUUCACCAUGACCUGCAGGGUGUCCGGAGGCAACUGGAAACUCAAGGUUUCAGGCUCCAGCUGAAGCUGCACCCAGCCCUCUGGGCAGGAUGGCAGGAGAUUCGUGGGUUCAUAUGAACCAGGACAUGGAGAUAGGGGUUACGCCCAGAGAGAUGAAGAAGAUCCCCAAGCAGGCCCGUGAAGAUCUAGCCCACAUCUCCACCGACAGAACCCGAAUGUUAGCCGAACCGCCCAAAAAGCCACGGCAGCGCUACGUCCAGAAGGACGGCAAGUGCAACGUGCACCACGGCAACGUCCACGAGACCUACCGCUACCUGAGCGACCUCUUCACGACCCUGGUGGACCUCAAGUGGAGCUUCAGCCUGCUCAUUUUCACCCUGGUCUACUGCAUCACCUGGCUCUUCUUUGGGCUCAUCUGGUGGCUUAUCGCGUACAUCCGAGGUGACCUAGAGCACCUGGAGGAGAGUGACUGGACACCGUGCGUGGAGAACCUCAACAGCUUUGUGUCUGCUUUCCUCUUCUCCAUAGAGACGGAGACUACCAUUGGAUAUGGCUACAGGGUCAUCACCGAGCACUGCCCGGAGGGGAUCAUUCUCCUGUUGGUCCAGGCCAUCCUGGGCUCCAUCGUCAACGCCCUGAUGGUGGGCUGCAUGUUUGUGAAGAUCUCACAGCCCAAGAAGAGGGCAGAGACCCUCAUGUUCUCCCACAAGGCGGUCAUCUCUCUCCGCGACGACAAGCUCUGCCUGAUGUUCAGGGUGGGGGACCUGCGUAGCUCUCACAUCGUGGAGGCUUCCAUCCGGGCCAAGCUGAUCAGGUCCAAGCAGACCAAGGAAGGGGAGUUCAUCCCACUGAACCAGACAGACAUCAACGUGGGCUUCGACACGGGCGACGACAGGCUCUUCCUGGUGUCUCCUCUCAUCAUCUCCCACGAGAUCAACGAGAAGAGCCCAUUCUGGGAGCUGUCCCGGGCCCAGAUGGAGAAGGAGGAGUUUGAGAUCGUCGUCAUCCUGGAAGGCAUGGUGGAGGCCACAGGGAUGACAUGCCAAGCUCGCAGUUCCUAUCUGCACACCGAGGUGCUGUGGGGGUAUCGCUUCACCCCGGUGCUCUCUCUGGAGAAGGGAUUCUACGAGGUCGACUACAACAACUUCCAUGACAUCUAUGAGACGCACACGCCCUCCUAUAGUGCCAGGGAGCUGGCGGGCACUGCCACCCGGGGCCAGUUCCUGUCAAAGCUUUCCCCCACGGCCCCACCACCCUGUCCACUAGACCCCCCCAUGGUGCUCAGAGAAAAGGAAGAGGAUGAAGAGAGGGAGGCCGGAGAGAGUAACGGAUCAGCCGCCACAGCGGGGGUCGCCACGGAAACAACAGAGGCUGAAAAUAUAUUCUUUUAAAACAGGCCUCUCCUCUUGUCGCAUCAUAAUACAAAUGUACUGCUUCACAAAAUAUAGUUUGCCAUAUAUUUUAAAUAGAAUUAAGAAAUGUAUUUCAUUUUAGUUGCCUCCAACCCUAGGCUUACAGGGUGAUCGUACAGGGUGGUCUUUUUCCAAUACUAAGCAUUUGUUUAUGGCUUUGUUCCUCCGAAGUCAAGUAUCUUGUCAGAGCAGCAUGAAACUAACUCACAGGGAAUGCUGCAUUCAAAUAAAACCAAAACAUCUAAAUAAAAUGUUGCUUGAAAGCAAUUUCUGGUUACCCUAAAAAAUAUAUAUACUGUACUCAAGGCAGUUACAGGAACUCAGAAGGAUAAAAACGAAUGAAGUGUGUUUUUAUUUGAGCUGACAAACAUGUACAUGUGUUUAAAAGUUUAUAACCAAUUUGUACAGUGUGCGACUAUCAAAUGGCCAAGAUGUUAGUGCACUAGUGGGGACUGAAUGACUCAUCUGUGGUGCCUGAGAAUUCAGGCCGUCUGUCUCUGUGAUUAAGUGGAUGGAACUUACUGAUCCAUGGUAGGGUCAGAAUGACUCCAGUUUUUGUUUAAUUUAUUAUUCAUGCCAACAGCCUGAAAAGUUUACAUCAAACUGGCUACUCUUUUGUUCUGUGCUUUGUAAUGUAACAUACAUAUUACAGGCUGUUUCUCACGCCUUGAAAUGAUCAUUUAUCAUACUUACUGCUGUUUAUAAUUCUGUGGGAAGCUAGGCAAGAGCUGCCUUGAUACGAUAGAUGUAUAUUGUACUGUAUUUUAAUCCCUCAUGGGUAAGUCAACAGAGACUCACCAAGCAAAAGCACUAUUGCUUGCAGUGCAGGUUAAAUCAUGCAGGCUUGCUUCAAUCCUGUUCACUGCAGAGAACUCAGUGCUGUGGAUCUGAGAGCCAGAGAAUACAGUACUGUAGAGAAAGUGCUGUGGAUCUGAGAGCCAGCGAAUAUAGUAUUGUAGAGAAAGUGCUGUGGAUCUGAGAGCCAGAGAAUAUAAUACUGUAGAGAAAGUGCUGUGGAUCUGAGAGCCAGAGAAUACAGUACUGUAGAGAAAGUGCUGUGGAUCUGAGAGCCAGCGAAUAUAGUAUUGUAGAGAAAGUGCUGUGGAUCUGAGAGCCAGCGAAUAUAGUAUUGUAGAGAAAGUGCUGUGGAUCUGAGAGCCAGAGAAUACAGUACUGUAGAGAAAGUGCUGUGGAUCUGAGAGCCAGAGAAUACAGUACUGUAGAGAAAGUGCUGUGGAUCUGAGAGCCAGCGAAUAUAGUAUUGUAGAGAAAGUGCUGUGGAUCUGAGAGCCAGAGAAUAUAAUACUGUAGAGAAAGUGCUGUGGAUCUGAGAGCCAGCGAAUAUAGUAUUGUAGAGAAAGUGCUGUGGAUCUGAGAGCCAGAGAAUACAGUACUGUAGAGAAAGUGCUGUGGAUCUGAGAGCCAGCGAAUACAGUACUGUAGAGUGUCAGGACUGGGGAUCUGAGAGCCAACAAAAUUCAAUAUGUAUGCAGAAGUCAGGACUGGAAAUGUAAAAGGCAGUAAAUCGAAUAUGCAGCACUGCAGUGAAAUCAGUAAAGUCCAUUUAAACAGAGCUAACCUGGAAACAAGAGGCAUUGAUUCAUGUCUGAUUUAUUUGAGUUGAGGCAACCAUUUGAAGCAUUUCAGUUUUGUUCCCUUUUUCCUUUUGUCUCCAGACACAUUUUCGCAAUGACACACACUGCCCAUUUUUUUUUUUCUCUAGUUACAUUGCUUCCACAAAGCGCCAGCGAUAGAUGUAACAGACCACACAGAGAUGUUCUGUUUUAAAGAUUUAUAUAAUGCACUGCAAAGCAUCCAGGGUAUUUCCUUCAUACUAGAAGCUGUACAACACAACAUGCUCUUCUGUCUGUCCGUACAGCCACUCUGUCCUGCAUGAUCUGUACUGCACUGAAAAUUAGAAA